UGGCGGAUGAAUGUUUUGGUUUUGACUUGACUGCCAAGAAUUAUAAAAUAGUUGUAUUAACGCAUUAAUUGUUGCUUGGAAAGCGUAAAGACUGUUCUAAAAUGCCUUGGUACUUUCCCUGGUCAGACGCGAUCAAGAAAAGGGCCUGUAGAUACCUUCUACAGCGUUACAUGGGACAUUUUCUUCAAGAAAAAGUGUCACUCGAACAGCUGACUGUCGAUUUAUACAAUGGAACUGGCACCAUAAAGGGUUUAAGCCUAGAUGUGAAGGCCCUAAAUGAGACUCUAGAUGGAGUGAACAUGCCUUUUGAGAUUGUGGAUGGCUAUGUUGGGGAGAUAACAGUGUCCAUUCCAUGGAAAAGCCUGACCAGUGAUAGCACCUGUGUGGAAGUUGACAGUUUGGAACUGACUCUCCAGCCAAAACAGAGAAAUGAUGAGGUGCACUUGGACAGUAUGUUCAUGAGUAUGACCAGCAGUAUCCAGCUGGCUCAGGAGAUGUUACAAGAGGGGCACACAGAGGGAGAGCAAGCAGCAGAGACUGCUCAGCCAUUUGAGGGGUUGGAGAUGUUUGCUCAGACUAUAGAGUCAGUUCUUUGUAGGGUAAAGUUGAAUUUCACAGACACCAUAGUCAGACUGGAACAUUUACCUGCUGAAGCAAAGUGUGGAAUUGCUUUGGAAAUAAGAAUAAAUAGGAUUGAGUAUUUUGAUGAGUCUGCUACUGAUCAAGGCAGUCCAGUAGAUGAUCCCAUGCAGCAUGAUGUGUAUAAACCAGCAGCCAUUGCACACAAGAACUUCCAUAUCACAGGAAUGACUUUCUUUUGUGAUGAAUUUGCCAAGACAUUUUCUAGAAGCAAUUCCAUGGACUCUCAACCUUAUAGCUUUCAGUCUGCCGACACAGAACUGAACCUUUCCUCCACAUCCUCUAUCAUAACCAGGCAACCCCAAAGAGCCCCUAUUAACACCCUGUUGGGGCCCCAUGAGAAAGCGCCCACUUCAGAACCCCUGCAGAUUGCUGCAUGUCAGGGGAAACAGAAUGUGAAAAUACGGAUUAAACAAAAUGACAGUAUACCAGGACCAAGGUUUGAACUGGACUGCCAGCUUGGCCCGUUGAAUGUAUUCCUUUCUCCAAGACAGCUCCAUAUGUUACUGUUGAUGGCAGAAACUCUUUCAGCUCCAGGAUCCUGUGAUAGUGAUGAGAAAGGCCACAGUGGAAACUUGAACAAACCCAUGAACCAGACAGAUUUCCAGAGAGUGGAACAAGACUUACAGAGACAGAUGCAGCAAGAUAGAAUGCAGAGAGGUCAGGAAAGAACCAGGCAGCCAUCUUGGAGAGAUGAUGAUGAAAGCAUGACUACACAUUCACUAGAUGACUCUAGAGAUGAUCUAUACUUCUCCCUGGGUCAAAGCAAUGUUGGUAUUGGCUCCAUGCAAUCCUCCUACACCAGUUCAUACAGUACAAAGACCGCUUCGUCUGUUUCUACAGGUACUUACAGAUACACCGGGGGCAGUUAUGUAAGCAAUACCAAGACAGAAACUCCAUUCACAAGUACUUUGUCAAAGGAGCUAAAGCAAAAGACAAAACCUGCUAAGGGAAAAGAUCCAGUGCAGAAGCUUCUGGAGGAACCAGGGGUGGAGCUGAAUGUCUUCAAAGUCAAAAUGAGUUUUCUGUCCCUGACCCUCCUUCAUGAAGACCCCCAAACUUCUCCAGGGGACGUAAUGGAUGAACCAGAGAAAUCAGCUACUGAAAAGCUGAAAGAAAUGGGGGAGAGGUACUUCCAGGGCAUUAAGACUGUGAACCCCAGUGGUAUGACCCCCAUAGAUUUGGUUAAAAUCAGGGAAAGGAUUUCAGAAAUUUGCCCAUAUGAUCACAUAGGGUGCCUUGGGAAACCCUUGACUCUUCACUGUCAGCAGAAAUCCUUGAACAGCAAGAGUUCUUUGUCUCUGGAUAUUUCACUGGGCAUCAUGGAGGUUGUGGAGUGCCUGUUUGAUAGGAGAACCAGCUCAGGGACAUCUAGUUUCCUGUCACAUGUGACCAAGGCCCCAAUCUAUAGUGAGUUGCUCAUAUUUCAUGAAGAAGGUGGUCAUCAGAGCAACAAAUUAGGACAGAUGUACACAAGUGUCUACAGCACACCUUGUUUUAAGAUGAAAAUACAGUCCUUGGAAAAACCCUGUCAGUCUUCACGUAGACAGUCAUCCCACUCAUUCAGCCCAGGUACUGAGGUCCACAUAGAGCUAGGACAGGUCAUUUCAGAGGUGGACAUCAGUAUAGUGGACAGGUUGAAUGCACUCCUAAAUCCUCUGCCUUUAGAACCCCAGGACACUGGAACCCAGAUGUACUCCAUUCAAAGCAGUAUUAAUACAACACGCCAAAUGAUGUACAAUCAGGCUAUGGAUGAGAAUGUUGCUGCAUCAGGUAGUAAAGUAGAUCUUCAUGUCACAAGUGAUUGUGCCACUAUCAACCUUAGGUUUCCAAUCCCUGAUCUACGUCAGAGCAGUGAGAAGUACCCAUGGUGGCUUCAACGUCUUCAUAAGGAAGUUCUCACUGUGAAGCUUCAGAAAGCAGCAUUCCAUACAGUGUUGGACAAGGCCCUACCCACCUCUGAGUAUGAGCUGACAUGUGAAGAAGUCCAUGGUUUGUUUCAAGAAUCUUCUGACAAAGCUCCAGUGUCUUUCCUGUAUGCCAAACACAGUGGUGACCAAGACAGAGACAUGAGAUUAGACUGGCCUAGGCUGCUAAUCAGAAUCAACCACAAGGUGCAUUCCGUUCUUGAAGAGGUCCAAGGCAUGGAGGCCAGUAUGGUGGAGGACCAUUAUGAUUCCCUCAAUGGUGCCUGUGGCUUUGCCAAGGCUGAGCCAACCCCCUUCUCUGCCAAGAAGGUCAUGUAUGAGAGUGAAGAGAUGGUAAUGCCAGGGGAUGCUGCAGAGAUGAAGCAUUUCCGUGACAAGGUUGUCAGCAAUGUGGAAAUGGAGGUAGAACUGACUGUGCCUCAGGUCAGCAUUAUUCUGCCAGACAAGAACUUCUUUGAGCUGCUGUACAACAGGCUUAACAGUGACCUGUUGCUAUGGGAACCACUAGCACCACCAACAUGGAAGCCACCAGAUAUUUAUGGAGGUCACUCUUGUCAACAAAGUGUGGGCCUUAACCUGGCUGACCACCUGCUGAACCAGAUGACUGGGGACAAGUUCAUUAUGUGCAAAUCUGCUGCUGUCAAUGAUUCUGACUCUGACUCUGAAGAAAGUGGGACAUUUUACUCUGUGACAGAUCCAAAAGUAAGACAGAGAAGAAAACAGCUCCAAGAGCAGAAGAAACUUCCCAGCAAGAUUUGCUUCACACUUAACAUAUCUAAGGGCAGGUUAACUGCCUGUGUACCCAUCAAGAAAGAAGAUGCCAGCAUCUGUCCUGAGAAGCAUGGUCAGCUACUGUUGGACAUAGAGGAUGGGUCAGUGUUUGCAGUGACCAACUAUAAUGGUGACCCCUCCCUUAGAUACCUGUAUGUUACCUCCAAUAGGGCAGAGGUCUAUCAUAAUGGCUGCACUGACAUCCCCAGGGAAUGGCCACCAGCAGAUGAACUCUCCCUUGACAAGGUAGUCCCCCAGCAUCUCCACCCCACUAUCUACCCCACAGAGAAUGGGGCAGCCUGCACCACCAUGGCUGGCCAAGCGGGCAAAGGAAAGGACAGUAUAGACAUGCUGUCUGUAGCUGUUAAGAUUAACAAGGUGGCAUCACAAAAGAAUUUUCUGGUAGCUCUUGAGGUCAAGGGUGGAACCUUACAACACCGGAUGGCCCCUACAGGUCAGGGGUGGUUUGGACAGAUAUUGGAGUUUCUGGAUGUGAAGGACUACCCUGUGCUUGGGUAUACAUUACCCACCAUUGUCACAGAGCUUCAUGUGUAUCUACGAGGAUGUGCAAUUGAUUACAGGCCUCUGUACUUGCCAUAUCGUGCCAUGGUGACAGUUGAAUCCUUCAGUGUUUCCAGCAACAUUAUAGCUGAUUCUUGCAUGUCUUUACUUAGGUUUCUGGUUGAUGAUGCAGCCUUAUAUUUAUCGGACAAGUGCAAUGCCAAUAGAGUUGAUCUAAAGAAAAAUUAUGUCUGUGUCUUGGACCUUGGAAACUUUGAGCUGGCUCUACGCACAACUGCUGGAAAAGAUUUGAGGUACCCCAAGACUGACCUCAGGGCUUCCUGUAACAAGCUGCACAUUCGUAGCUGUUCAGACAGCUUCAGGGCACUGCUGAAGAUGAUCUCAUACCUCAGUGAGGAUGGGGAUCUGGUGCUGGACAGUGCUGAUAUGGCUGAGGAGGAGGCAGCUGAUGGACAUUCGAGUACUGCUCAACUUCAACCUAUGUCCCAGUUGAGUCAGUCUCACCUUGAGAAGAUGAACACAAUGAUGGCAGAUGCAAUGCAGGAAUCCCAGAGUUCUAGAGUUGAUAUGGAAUCCAGUAUAGGUGAAUCUUUUGUUAAAUUGAAAUAUGUGAAGAAAGGUCACAACUUGGUGGUCCAGUACAUCUCCCCCAAAGAUGGGAAACCAGCUAUCAGGGUUUUCACAUCAGAGCCACUGAAGAUAGUGGACAACCACUUCCACAGACCACUGGGCAAGACUGACCAACUGAAGGCCCCUGACCACUUCCCAAAUGCUGUCUACAGAUACACUCUCAAAGAACUGUCUCUGGUGUGGUACAUGUAUGGGGGCAGGGACUUUGGAGACCAUGAUAAAGGAGAAAAGGUUCACAGGUCUUCCUCCUCAUCAUCAUCAUUAGGUAAAGCUGGUAAACCAGGCAAAGCUAACUGGCACUCACAAGGAGGGCCAGGCAGAGAUAGCCAAGUGCUGAUGGAAUUACAGAUGAACAAGAUUCGCUUACAGCACGAGGUGUAUCCAGAAAACACAAGAGAAGCAUCUCGGCAGAUACUCAUCAUAAACCAAGUAGAGAUACGGGACCGACUGGCAUCCUCUCAGAUAAAUAAGUUCCUGUACCAGUACACAUCUGAGGCAACACCAAGACAGACACAUGCUAAUAUGGUAUUUCUCAAAGCAAUGCAUAUCAGACCUGAUUUGACUGUGCUAAGCCAGAAAGAGUGUUCACUGAGAGUGUCACUUUUGCCUUUGAGGCUGAACAUAGAUCAGGAUGCCUUGAUCUUCCUGAGAACAUACAUCAACGAAAUAUGUGAUAUACAGCCCAGCCCAGCAGAGACUGCCCCAGGAUUCACAGACAGCUCCAGCAGCCAUUCCUCUACUUCUUCUCCUGGAGCAGAUCUGCCUAUGUCCAGCCCUGGUAAGGGAGCGUCCAGCCAGACUGGUCAGCAGCCUGUUAUGGGUAUGGCUAUGGAUGACUCACAAGAGAUGACCAGUUCUGAUGCCCAGGAGUUAAUGGUUGUGUUUGAUGAAUUGAAGGAGGAAGCAGGAGAGAAGGAGACUUCCUCUGGGGCUGCUGGUCAGCCUGUCUAUUUCAAGAACUUCAUAUUCUCCCCUGAUGUUCCAAUAAGGCUAGACUACCAUGGCAAAAGACUGGACAUGGCUCAUGGCCGCUUGGCUGGACUGCUGGCCGGACUGGCACAGCUUAACUGCUCAGAACUCAAGCUGAAGAGGCUCAAUCAUAAAGCAGGCCAUCUUGGUGCAGAACGUGUUGCAGCUUAUGCCCUGAAAGAAUGGCUGCAGGAUAUCAAAACCAACCAAUUGCCUAGCAUUCUUGGGGGUGUUGGUCCAAUGCAUACUUUGGUUCAGUUGGUACAAGGAAUUAGGGACCUGUUUUGGCUGCCAUAUGAGCAGUAUCAGAAAGAUGGCAGGAUAGUACGUGGUCUGCAGCGAGGGGCCAGUUCCUUUGGGACAUCCACAGCUAUGGCAGCUCUAGAUUUGACAAACAGACUUGUGCAAUCUGUACAGUAUGUAGCAGAAUUAACUUAUGUGAUGGUGUCCCCUGUGCCCAGCAUACGCCAGGGUCAAGUGCUGCGUCCACGCAAACCUCUCCAGCCUGCUGACCUCAGGCAAGGCGUGUCCAAUGCUGCCAUGGUGUUUAAAGAGGGUUUCACUGAGACAGCAACAAAUAUAAUCCGUGCAGCAUCAGAGGAACAUGACAACUAUGGCUACACUGGUGCCGUAGGUGGUGUCUUGCGCCAGAUUCCAGGCACAGUGGUGCAACCGGUGAUCAUUACAGCUGAGGCCACUUCCAACAUUUUAGGUGGGAUGAGGAACCAGCUGGUGCCUGAUGGUAGAAGGGAAGCUAGUGAUAAGUGGAGGGCUGCUGAAGAUGACUGAAGUGUUUUUUUUUUCUUUAUUGCACUGUGUGAGAUUUGCUUAUUUCAGCAAUGUCAUUUAAUUUUUUUUUUCAAACUUGCUGAAUCUAAUGAAUUGUUUUUUUUUAUUUUAUUUUUUAUUUUUUUUUUUUUGUCAACAUUUAUAAGAGAGAUUAUUUCCUGUUCAAAUAUACAUGUCACAGAAAAAUUAUUGACAUAAGUUUUUAUCUAGAAAUACUUAGCUGGAAAUGAAAAUGUAUUUGGUCUUAUCUUUUCAAUUUAUUAUGUUAAAUUUAUAUCUUAGACAUUCAAAUUCCCUGAAUCAGAUCUAAGGUUUUUAGAAAGUUGAAUUUAUAGAUACAGUGAUGUUACUAGAUCUGCAUCUAGAUCCACAGUCAUGUGGUGUUGGAAUGAAUCCCAUCAAUCAAUUUAUACAACAUUAAAUCUAAGAAAAAGAAUAUUGAAAAGAUAGUUGAUUUGUCUCCUUUGAUGGUAUCAUAAAUAAAACCAGUACAUUGCUUUGUGUUGAAUUAUACUACACAUCAUUCAUUAGGUUAUAUGUGGAAAACAAUUCAUCUUAUCAUAAUUGUGAUAUUUCAUUCUAAAUCUGACCACUUUCAUUAUUUUCAGGUUAAGUGUUCUUAUUCAUAAAUUUGUUAAAACUGAAAAUGAGUGAUAAUAAGACCACAUUUGAAAUUUUCAAAUGUUUAGAUAAUUUGUAUCCAG